UUAAAAAAAAACAAUAGGUUUUGUGUAUUCUAGAAAGGUGUAAAUGUUAACUCAAGUUGUAUUUAUCUCUCUAAUAUGUGCAGGUGUUGACAGUGUCACCCUCACCAUCAACAACUACAGAUAUGAAUGCAAUGACUGUCUAAAGACUGGACACCCGCAGGUCACUGUCUACGGUCAGGCCUUGACCUCAGAGGUCAGCACCGACCAGGUUGGGUGCCAAGCCCUGUAUGCAGACGUGUGCACGGACGUCAACUGCUCACGGGAGCAGUCUUGGUCGUGGAUCUGCAUGUACAGUGGGAUGUGCGGUAAAAUAGACUGCUCCAAGGAUGCCGUCAACUCACACAGCUACGAGUCCAGCCACACCCACCUGUGUCAAUGCCGGACAGAGUUAGACGUUGACCACCGCCUCAGGGUCACCUUUGAACUGGACGUCUCCAUGCUGCAGGUGAUGCGGUUCCGGUUCCGGUGGGCGGAUACAGAGAACCAGGCACCGUUGGCCGUUAGUCCUGUGGUGGAGUUAGCUAUUGUCAAAGUUUGGAUGGAGUUUGAACCCUCUGUUGUUGAGGCGCCCUACCUGAUCAUCCACGGCCACUUCCCGAGCUGCUACCAAUGUAUUGUCUUGGAGCGGGACCCCGUUGUCUUGUAUUGGUCGGCUGUCUACGGUCCUGAUUACUGGUGGCAGGCCAGGACCGGCCUCUGCUACGGGGUCUACCUCGACGUCUGCUACGCUGAUGACGUCAUGGACUGUGAGAAUGGGCGCGAGUCGUGGUAUGAGAAAUGCGCCUACAAUUUUGACUGUAAUAAAGUGAGAUGCGGAGUCACUGAGCUGGCGUCACUACCAGACUCCCCGUGUCUGUGCAUGAACGACGCCCAGUACCACCAGCUGUACAUCUACCUGAACGGCACCAAGGAAGUGGCCAGGAACAUGCAUUACAGACUGAGGUGGACCGAGAAGUCGGCGACUGAUGUGGCAGCCGGCAGCAUCGCUUUUAGUAAUGUCGUCAGCAUUAAGGAAUUGUACGACUUUGGCCACUUGGUGGAUACUUUCUCUCAACUGACCACGACGUCAUUUGAUAUCCCCGGCACAUCCCCUAUAGAGCUGUCACUGAUCGGUUACCAUAACAACUGCACCGGGUGUAUCGAGUUUGGCAGAUCUGUCAUCCACCUGUUCUGGCAACUCCAGUCUAAGGACAUCUCCUUCCGACACCGACAAAACGGAUGUUUCACGAUCUACGCCGAAAAGUGCUUUAGCUGUAGCCCCAAGAAGAUCGAUUGGGAACAGGUGUGCACUUUCGCCUCUAUCUGCAACAACCUCCGCUGCAGCCUUGAAUUCACCAAGCAGGUGAAGAGCCACACCUGCCAGUGCGUGUACCAGAUCUACGAGCAGACGGAGCUGCUGAUCCUGUCCUUCCCCUCCAACAGAGAAGACUUCCAGUACAGCUACAGAAUUAAAGGCGUGCUCAGCACUGACCUCAGCUAUCCUGAAGCCACUGUUGUCUACAGUAAUACAUUUCAGUUGUUGGAGAUAGCGAAAAAUGGCCAUUUAACAGAAGACUUGCUAGGGAGUAUUAUCAAUUCCAAUACCUCCCCAUACCCAGGGGAAAAGGAGGAGGCUUUCACCCUUCAUCCACUCCGUAAAUCGGCCUUUAAUUGCUGUGUGUAA